AUGUCUCAAUCAGGAGAAUCUACAACAAUUUUUGAUGCUGAAAGAGAACAAUUUUUAAAUUCAAAGUCCUCUUCAAGAGUUGCUUUAACUGUUGAUAAUGCUGAAGUAGAUUAUGAAAAUGAAGAGUCUUUUUACGAAAGUGAACUACGAACGGGUUUAGAUUCUAUAAUUGAGAAUAUCGGAUUUGGAAAAUUUCAAAAACAAUUAUUGGUGCUUUGCGGUUUCGGUUGGCUUGCUGAUAAUAUGUGGUUACAGUGUGUAACAUUGAUACUACCAAGAGUUCAAGUUCAUUAUCAGGUUUCAAAUUCAAUAAUUGGCUUUCUACCUAGUUCCGUAACAUUUGGUAUGAUGUUCGGUGCAAUAUUUUGGGGUAUCUUUUCUGAUUCUUAUGGACGUAAACUAGCAUUCAAUUGGACUUUGGCGGUGACCGCUUUUUUUGGUAUAUUUUCAAGCUUUGCCCAGAGUUUUGCCCAAUUAUGUUUUUUACUUUUCUUUUUGGGAUUUGGUGUCGGUGGAAAUUUACCUGUAGAUGGUACAAUUUUUUUGGAAUUCGUUCCCAAAAAUCAGCAGCAUCUUCUCACAUUUAUGUCUAUAUUCUGGCCAUUUGGGGCUGUUAUUACCUCCAUAGCUGCAUAUUUAAUAUUACCUCAAAAUAGUUGUCCUGAAAGUGAUGAUAUUACAUUUUUCUGUGACAUUUCAAAAAACAAUGGAUGGAGAUAUUUGUUGGCCGCUAUGGGAGGUUUGACAUCUCUUAUGCUUAUAGGUCGCGUGCUUCUCUUUGGUCUUAAAGAAUCACCAAAAUUUCUUUUGGCAAAUAACAGACAUCAUGAAGCUGUAAUAGUUUUACGUGAUAUUGCGCAGAUUAAUGGUCGUGAAAUUUCGAUUGAUGUCAGCGAUCUAUCAACCUCUGAUGAAAAUCCUCCCAGAGUAUCCAUAUCAAUGACAUACCCACCCGUUAAAAUACACUCUAAUAAACAUUUUGAUUACAAAGACUUCUUUGUUGAUCCUAUGUAUUUUAUAAAACGUCGUGUUGCAUCAAAGCGUCAAGAUAUGGCUCCUCUUUUUACACCUAAAUGGAUUAAGACGACCAUACUUGUAUGGGCGAUAUGGUCUAUAGUAUCAAUGGCGUAUGUAAUGUUCAACGUGUUUCUUCCAAAAUAUCUUGAAGAGCUAGCAGAAGAUGAAAAUAAGGGAUCUACUGGUUCGGAUGUGUUAAAUCAAGUUUUAAAAGAUAUACUUAUAUAUUCCGCUUGGGGAAUACCAGGUUCCUUAAUUGGAACUUGGUUAAUUGAUACACCACUUGGUAGAAGAUACACGAUGGCUGCUGGUGCUUUCUGCACUUCUCUUUCGGUUUUCUUGUUUUCCGUUCUUCAAACAAGAAUUGGAACAAUUUUAUGUUGUUCAGCUAUUAGUUUGUUCACUACUAUUAAAUAUGCGGUCAUCUACGGAUAUACCGCUGAAGUAUUUGAAACAAGAGUCAGGGGUACUGCAAAUGGGAUUGCUUCCGCAUGCGCAAGAAUGUGA